AUGACGAGCACCACUUCAUCACCGCCGCCCAUAACUCACAUUCUCGAAACAUGUCUCUAUGUCCGCUCUAUAACCAAGUCGGUAGAUUUCUACAAGAGCGUCCUUGGUCUAGACCCGUUCUUGGAAACGCCACGCAUCUCCGGCUUCGCUCUCGGCUCUACAACACUUUUGCUCUUCCAGCUUGGCCUCACGGCUGAGGACGUGACACUACCUUCCGGUGGCUGCAUUCCCGGCCACGGACCGUCACAAAGCAUUGUCGGCAUGCUGUAUACGGAGUCCGAGCCAAAGCAGUAUUUGAAGCAGCACUUCUGUCUCGCAGUCAAGGACAGAGAGGAUGUGGCUAAAUGGGAAGAGGCGCUGAAAGAGAGAGGUGUACAGAUCACAGGGACCGUGGACUGGGAGAAAGGCGGAAGGAGCGUAUACUUCGCCGACCCAGAUGGGCAUGUUGGGGAGAUUGGAAGUCGGGGGAUUUGGAAUCACUAUUGA